UAUAUAUAUACACACAUACCCUUUAUACUGGACCGUAACCUGAGCGAGCUGGAGAGUUAGCUAAAAAGCCCCCCAGCACUGCCUGAGACAGACCGGAGACCAAGAAAGCUACCAUCAUGUGUGACGAUGAAGAGACUACUGCCCUUGUUUGUGACAAUGGCUCCGGGCUUGUAAAAGCUGGAUUUGCUGGAGAUGAUGCCCCAAGAGCAGUAUUUCCAUCUAUUGUUGGGCGUCCCCGUCACCAGGGUGUCAUGGUUGGUAUGGGUCAAAAAGACUCCUAUGUAGGUGAUGAGGCCCAGAGCAAGAGGGGCAUCCUGACUCUGAAAUAUCCAAUUGAACAUGGGAUUAUCACCAACUGGGAUGAUAUGGAGAAGAUAUGGCAUCACACCUUCUACAAUGAGUUGCGUGUUGCCCCAGAAGAACAUCCCACCUUACUUACUGAGGCACCACUGAACCCCAAGGCCAACCGGGAAAAGAUGACCCAAAUCAUGUUUGAGACCUUCAAUGUUCCAGCUAUGUAUGUUGCAAUCCAGGCAGUGCUUUCUCUCUAUGCUUCUGGUCGUACCACUGGUAUUGUGCUAGACUCCGGAGAUGGUGUAACCCACAAUGUCCCCAUUUAUGAGGGUUAUGCUUUGCCACAUGCAAUUAUGCGCCUUGACUUGGCUGGUCGUGACUUAACUGACUAUCUGAUGAAGAUCCUUACAGAGCGUGGUUAUUCUUUUGUUACAACUGCUGAGCGUGAAAUUGUCCGUGACAUAAAGGAAAAACUGUGCUAUGUGGCUCUAGACUUUGAGAAUGAGAUGGCCACUGCUGCCUCCUCUUCCUCCUUGGAGAAGAGCUAUGAGCUGCCCGAUGGGCAAGUCAUCACAAUUGGUAAUGAGCGUUUCCGUUGCCCAGAGACUCUCUUUCAACCAUCCUUUAUUGGUAUGGAGUCUGCUGGUAUUCAUGAGACAACCUACAACAGCAUCAUGAAGUGUGAUAUUGAUAUUAGGAAGGACUUGUAUGCUAACAAUGUCAUGUCUGGUGGAACCACCAUGUACCCAGGUAUUGCUGACCGUAUGCAGAAAGAAAUCACUGCACUGGCUCCAAGCACAAUGAAGAUUAAGAUCAUUGCUCCACCUGAGCGCAAGUACUCUGUUUGGAUUGGGGGCUCCAUCUUGGCUUCUCUGUCCACCUUUCAGCAAAUGUGGAUCACAAAACAGGAAUAUGAUGAAGCUGGUCCAUCCAUCGUUCACCGCAAAUGCUUCUAAAUGCAUUUUCUGUCUCAGAUCAAAGGGAUUUAUAAAAUGUACAAUAUGUCUAAACAGCCAUGUAACUAUACAGAUAGCAAUACCUGUAAUUUUUUGCCACAUUAUGACUCUAAAAUAUAACGUGUACAUAAAUUAUAAUUUAUUUUAAGAUGUUUUGCAAUUUGGAAAUCACUGAACUAAAGCAAAAGAAUGUCACAAUGCAAUAAAUGAGUCAUGUAUGUCA